CAGGGGCCGAUGAGGAAGUAAAACACUUUCUGUGCAGCAAGGUGGGGAGAGGCUGGAUUUGAACAGUGUAGAUAACAUGAGCAGGGAAAGGCGCAUUCGCGUUUCUUUCCUCACACAGUGUCACAGUUGUUCUCUUAAUAAAAGCCGCUCCCUGCUUGUAACCUGCAGAUGGUUUAUCGCAGAAGCAUGUUUCGCAAAAACUUCCCGAGUAAAGCGUUUGUCUGCAGACUCGUUCUUCUCUGCUUCCACUUGAAUAAACGACUCGUAGCGAUGUCGAUGCCAAAGCUGUCGGGAGAAAGCUCCGAGCCACCGGCGAACAGCGGCGCGUCACAGAUCGACGAAGGCACGACAGCAGCAGACGUCAGCGACGCGGGGGGCGAAAACGACCCCUCCUCCGCGGGAAAGUUCACAGAGGGCGAGAUGGCCAUCCACAGAAUCCAUAGACUAGCGUGUGCGGCAAAGAAGCAGAUGUACGUUGACCCUUCCAGCGGGUAUAAGGUGUUCACAGAGUAUGCCCACCUUCAGAGAGGGAAGUGCUGCGGCAGUGCGUGCAGACACUGUCCAUAUGGCCAAGUCAACGUGAAGGACCUCGCCACGAAGAAGCGGUUCAAUUCCCUGUUUUACGUGUAGACCUAACAGCCUCGUGCCAAGGUAACGCGCUAGGAGCCUGUUUGGAAUGGAAGCCACCGCACGUUGCUUGUCUUCUGCCUGUCGUUAUUUGGACUACUUGAGUCAUUUUUUUCUUUUAGCCGUGUAAUAAAUGAUGAAAUAUGGGUAGUGUCUGUGCAAUACCUAUCUCUUAUGAAUCACAACUAUUCUUAGGAUUAUUUUCAUUCUGGCAAAAUGAGAAAGGAGGAGAACGGAUUUGUUCACUAGACCCUCAUGCAAACCAGCCUUUUAUCACAUUUUUGUUUUGUUCUGUUUUGCAGAUACUUGUUUUUUCCUCUCAGUGUCCAGUGAAAUGCCUUUGAGCCUCAUUUUUUCUUUUCUCUUCAAGAGUAUUUAAUAUUUUGUAGUAUUCUGCUCUUCUGAUGCAUUUACAAGGGUUGUGGGAGUAUGGAGAUGAAAAACUGAGAGUGCAUUUUAGAUCUUUGCCCUCCAGAUAAAGGGCAUAUAAGCGAAAGUAACUGUAAGAUAGUCAGAUGGAGUCUUGUGCUCUUUUGCUUCGCAUCGCUUGUUAUUUUUUUCCUCUCCCAAACGUACGACUGCAUGAAUAUUAGCAUCAUUUACACACCACAAGUGCUUGACUGAACUGUCUACCUUUGACUGAGAUACUGUGUUGUUAAAAAUAGGAAGGUGCCAGGGGUCAGCCCUCACACUUGGCUGCGCUGCUUUUACACCACUUGAUGGAAUCAGGCUGUUAGCAAACAUGCCACGGACAUCAACAGCAGCCCUCCCCACCGGACUUGCAGCUCAGCCUCCUGGCAACACUCGGCUACAGUGCAGCUCCCCGCGGCUGCUCUCCUGAGCCGCAGCCUAAUGAACUCCUGGGCCCUCUCAUCCCAGGACUGCAAUAGAUCAGCUCGGCGCUCACCAGCUCGCUUAGACGCACACAUGCGCAGGCAGGCUCGCUCCAUCGCAACACUGCGUGGCUCCUAAUAGGCCAAUAUAGAAUAAAGGUUGCACUUGACCGCGCGCUUCGUAGCCCUGAGUGAUAGCGCUAGGUAAGGUCAAGCGCUCGUAUAGAACUACCUAUGCCGUGGAAAGAUGCGGCGCUUGAUUUGCGAGUGCAUGUGGGUAGGCGGCGUGACGCCUCCGGGCGCUCGCCGCAAACCCAACGCGCACGCUCGUCCUUCUCCGCCCGAUUGGGCAAACGGCAUCGCCAUGAGAGGAUGUGUCUUUUCCUCGGCAGGUGGGUCCCAAAGGCAAGUGCUUAGCGAUCGGAGCAAAGCCCUGUGAGCGGCUGCAAGGAGAUCGGUGAUCCCGACAGUGCUGGGGAGGACAGGUUCUGGGGACGCGUCGUCAGGCGGGAUGAGAGGCGAGUUUAUUUGGUGUUAUUCUAAACCGAGGCAGCGGAGCGUGCGGCAGCAACAUUUCUACAGCGGGACGGCGAAGGUGUCACACUCAUCAAGUACCUGGGCCCGCUUGCCUGCCGCGGCUCUGCCGGUUUUGCCUAGGGACUCGUCUGUCACAUUAAAGUAGAUGCAUUGCCAUUCAGGGCCUCGGCGGUCCCGCAGCCUGACCAUGAAAUAGGCCAACUUUCAUGUCUGCCUCAUCCCUCCACGUCUUCCCAAUCCAGUGAUGGCACAGUUUGAAUUUUUUCCCCUCCAUCAUCUUCCAGCCUAGCAGUUUGUGACUGAGACGCAAACAGCACACCUUCCACAGAUUAGCAGAGAAAUGCACUCCGGUUACUAAUUCAUCCUUAAUUCAUUAGCGGAUUGAUUGAGUAGCCUGUGAAGUGCACUGGGACAAUGAGAGAGAGCGUUCAGCUAGUUUCUGUGUUUAAUCACUGAAACAAAUUAAUUUAUCUAACGUUGAUUAAAGUCCCGCCUUUUAUUUGGGUUGUCUCUGGGUUGAGCUGCACCACGAUCAUUUUCUCUUUUACCCACAGUGCACAUGUGCUCCCAGCAGCCGGUUAGACACGUGAGGCGUCUCUCUCAGGCGUUUUGGACUGAACAUGUCGGACCCUCAGCUGGAGCAUAUGCUGUACUGGAGCAGAGUGGCAGCUAUACGCCGUGUGCCUUUCUGCAGGAUGAUGGCACUAGCUGCAGAGAAAGAGCGAGCUGUCCAGUUUGGAUCUGUGACCAGACGUGCUCCAGUCACAACCAGUUGACAGGCCAAGCAGCAGCCCCCACCCCCAUCGCACCCCAUCUCAAAGGGGCACAGCAGCCCCGCGGCCAGUGGCCCCGACCACAGUCGGUUACAGCGUCUCCAUCACUGCUGGCCGGAGCAGCCAGGAACUGACACAAGGUUGGCAGGGAAAAAAACUUAAGUGUCAGCCAUAUGAUGGCUGAAAGGAACAUCAGUCUCUGCAAUUGGCCAGGCACCGCUCAGUAUGCCUGCCUGCGUGUGUGUGUGUGUGUGUGUGUCUUGAUAUUGAAGCAGCAUUUGAGCAGCCCCUACAUCAACGUCUGGUCGUUCUACACAGACAAUGUCAGCUCGCCUCGGGGCAGCAGCCUCCACAGUGGUCAUAUGGACAACCACAUCCCUGUGGUAGAAUUAGUGAUAAAAAACACACAUGGCCACUGAGUGACAGUCAGCGCACCAGAUUCCUUUGGACAGACAGGGCUGCAAAUAGCACAGAGGAGCAGUUUCUCCCUCAGACCGCAACUGGUGGUCAGGCUCAUGCCAGGCCGAGCCGCGGUCGCCAGAUGAGCCCAGAUAAAAGCAGAGUCGGGGGCAGUCAAAGGCACUUAAGCGCCCAAGGAGCACUUUGGCCUGUUUAUUUCCCUCCUGGUUUUGCAUCGCCGCAGUCGUUCGUGAUUUCUCAUCUGCGCUUUGGACCCGACGUGUCGCCGCUUUCUUCAGCUGUCACGCCGUCUAACCUCCAGCUCGCUUCACAUUACGCCGUCUUCUGACUCUGUGUCCUCGCUCACUGAAGUAGAAAGACGGCGCUUGUUUGACAGCAAAACGAUAUUUACUAACCCUCUCCUCGCAAACGCUGCUCUGCCCCAUAAGGUUAUGUAGUGAUAAAUAACAUCCAUCUAUUAUGUUUCCAUGUCCUUUCUAGUGUGUCCAGAUACGGACUAAUACACGCACCAUUCCCCAGAAGGAUACCGUGUCCCCAGAGGUGCUGGGGGUGGGUGGGGUGCAUGUAGUGGUAGCUGUUCUGGAGGCAGGGAGGGGAGGCAGGCAGCAGUUGGUGUGCAGAGAGCAGCGGCUCAGGCUGGCUAGUUAAGAGCUUCUCUUUCCUAUCCUCCAUCUGCCAGGGACCGGGGUUGUGAUUUGAGCUCCAGCAGAGCAGAGC